UGGAGUUGUUGGUGAUCCUGAGUGGAGGAACAAGAUGGCUGGUCACAUCAGAUGAAGGUUGAUGGUUAUUAUUACGUCCAAUGGCUGUGUUUGAGGGUGAGGUGACGCCCACCGGCUCCCUCUAUGAACUAUGAUGAAGAAGGUCAGUUUGUCGCAGCUGCUGAGCCGCUCACCUCGCCAUGGCAGCACCACCAGCAGGAGUAAUGGUGAAGUGGUGGUGGUGGGAUCACCCUCCAAUAACAUUAUCUCCAACACUCACAUCUCCAACACUACCACCUCAAACAUACACUCCUCCAACACUACCACCUCAAAUAUACACUCCUCCAACACCAGCUCCUCAAACAUACACUCCUCCAACACUACCACCCCCAAUAUACACUCCAACACUACCACCUCCACUAUACACACCAACAUUAUUACCUCCAACAGCACCUCCAGCACGUCUCCAUCUCCUCCAACAAACUCCAACACUCAAGACAAAAUACCCAAGAAAAAAAACAAAAGUGGCAUUCUACAGACGUUAAAGAAGAAAAUCAGUGGUAAGCUGGACACGCUACACAACAACACCCCAAAGAAAAGUAAAAGUUUCGAGGGUUUAUCUAACAGCUUCGGCGACUCGUUCUCACAGUCUAUUAGUGAAGAGUCGUCUAGUGAUGGUUUGAACGCUAGUGGUGGCCAGAGUCACAAAGUCAAGCAUAAUAAACGUGCGAUCCGUCCUAUGCACACCCCUAUAACGCGACAGAACUCCGCCUCUCAUGUUUUGACUGACUCCGAGAGCGAAGUAUUAACUAAAACGACUCACGGAGAAUGUGUGCGAGUGUCUGGAAAUAAAGUUUGUGAGGCUGUGUUGACAUCUCAGACUCAGGUCGCUACAGUGUCGCUCUAUAGUAAAAGUAGCUACACAACCGAUACUAAUUCCCCAAUGGUAUUAUCAGAGACGAUAGGGCCUAAAGUGAGUCUGGGAAAAAACAAAGGUGUGACUUUACCCCAAGUGUUGGUGGAAAGUGUCGGCAGCAAAGUGGCAUCGUACGGCUUGAUGCCCAGUGCCAAACAAAUGCCUAACAGUGUGGAACGCAGUGCCAUAUCAGAGACGUCUUCACCGCAGCCCAAUAGAACGUAUGGCGGUGAACUAUGGGACCUGCAGGACAUGAAUUUUGAUGCCAGUAAAAGAAGUUUAGCAGAGGAACUUUUCCGGCUAGCCAAGUUUGGGUGGUAUUGGGGUCCAAUAACUAGAGCUGAAGCCGAGGAGAAGUUGUUAGACCAGCCUGAUGGAGCGUUCCUGGUGCGGGACUCCUCCGAUGACAAGUAUUUGUUAAGUCUGAGCUUUAGAUCAUUUAACAAGACUCUCCACACCAGGAUUGAACACAGCAAUGGAUGGUUCAGCUUUUAUCCCCAUCCUGAGCAUGAGGGCUACUCAAGUUUAGUAGGUCUUAUUGAUCACUGUAUGAGCCACUCAGAGUCGGGAGUGUUUUGUUACUCUCGGGCGCGUGUACCAGGAUCACCAUCCUUUCCAGUUCGACUCACCAAACCUGUUUCAAGGUUUACUCAGGUGCGAUCUUUGCAAUACCUAUGCCGAUUUGUGAUUAGACAAUACACCCGUGUGGACCACAUCCAAGCCUUGCCUCUUCCAACAAGAAUAAAAGGCUACUUAGAAGAGGGACAUUACUAAUCCACAUACAAGAACCUCAGUAAUGUGGUAGUUUUAGUAUAUUGUCAUUAUUAAUUUGCCAUUUACAGUAUAUUGGUUAUUUUCUAUAGUGACAAUUUUUCAUUUCAAGAAACUUGUGUAUCAUUUUCCUUAUGUCAGUUUACAAGGUAAUCGAAUAUGAUGCAUUUUAGAAAAAUAUUUUCGGUUGGUUAAGGAUUUUGUGCCAGUAAACACACUAAUUAUUUAUAUUUUAUUUUCACUCUCCAAUGAUUUAAUAUAGGCCAGAGCAAGAUAAUGCUUAAUGAUAAGUUACUAAUACUGAAAAUAAAAAAAACCGUUUACAAAUGCCAUUUAGUUAUGUUGUAAUUUAGAUUCUCAUAGCAAUAUUUAUUCAUAAAAGCAAACUUAAGGAAAAUUGUUAGAAAACUUGACCCUGAUACUGUUGUGAAAUUUUUUCUAAAUUUGUUAAUUUAAUAUUCUGAGUGUACCUAUAAUUUUUGUCCUCUUUUUACUGAACUUUCAUUUGUAAUACAACAUAUUUUAUUCACUUACACAAGUAAUAUUACUUUACUGUUUUAUAUCUUAGGAUUUGUCAGGUUGGUGACAACCUGACAAAUUUUAGUAUGUAUCUUAUUUAUAUUUUGAAAAUUAAUUGAAUCUUGGAAAUUUUGUUGUACUUUUCUGAAUACACUAUAUUUUUCUUAAAAUGUAAUCUUUAAUUUAAAAUAGAUAUUUUGUAUGAGUGAGUUUAAUUCAAAUAUUGACUAGCAUAUGAAACUUCAAUUUAAUAGUGCAUUGCACUUUCAUCCAGAAGAUUUGGUAAUUUGCAUUAAUCAGAUAAGUUAUUAAAAUGAUGAGCAUCUUGUGAUGACUUAAAGCUCUUAAGUGUGUGUGAUAAUGCAAUCAUUGCUAAAUAUUUCUUGUAACCAGCUGCAGGUUGACAAGUCUUAGACACAUGCCUUCAUCAGUGAUAUUGUUUAUAUGUACACUGAGUUUUCCCACAAAUGAUCUACCAUAUUUUGUGUAGCUAUUCGUAUAGUGGGUACUAGGUAGGGAAUGCAGAUGGAAAUCGGCAUGUGGUACAGUAAUCAUCUAGUAAUAUGCCAAAUGGCAGUUAAAAUGGCAGUGUGUUUUAUUUUGUUUUAAACAGAAUCUGAGGCAGCCACUGUGUGUGUGUGUGUGAGAGGGAGAAUGAGAGAGAGAGAAUUAGAAUGAGAAUGAACUUUACCAAGAUUCUCAAAUGCUAUACUACCAAGGUUAAAAUUUACCCACCGCUAUAUUAGUUCAUUAAUGGAAUUUGGUGCUUUGUAUGCAGAUAUUGAUAAUGGCAUUGAUUUAUAUUUAAUGCUUAUUGCUUUUCUUUUGCAACGUGUGAUAAAUAUUGAGCUGAUAAAUAAUUUGGUUUAUUGAAAAAUACAGAAAAAUUAGCAUUGUAGUUAAUUACAUAAGGAUUGUGUUAUUUUAUUGAAUUUUGUAAUUAUUUCUGCUGAAAAUUUUGUUAAGUGAGUUGUGCCAUAAAACAUUAGAAGAGAUUAAACAAUAUCUUCUUUAGUUAGGUAAAUGAAAAUUGUUAAUCAAAGUUCUUAUUUUAUUUUAAUUUAUGAUGUUAUGCACUCUUAAUAUAAGGUGUAUUAAAUUGUUGCGUUUUAUAAAAAAAAAAGUACCUUGCACACACAGCCAUGUCACAUGUGAGAUGUUUCAUAAACGAUAUCCACAGGAGUCAGAGUUUCUAUAUAAAGUAAAUUACAUAUACGUAUACAUAUUUUUUCUAACAAUGGCCAUCUCCCACCAAGGCAGGACAGCCUGAAACAAACACUCACCAUCAUUCACACUAUCACUGUCUUGCCAGAGGUACACAGAUACUGUAGUUCAGAUGUCCCUCCAAACAACAGAUAUCCCCACUCCUUUAGAGUGUAGGCCUCUUCAAGGGGGGCUCCUUGGCGUGGUGAAGAGGCUCUUGGUCUGAGGAAUUAGACCUGUCGGUCUACUUCCUCAGACCGAACCUAAUUACCCCCCAAUCCCCCAUUCCCUAUCCCAUCCUCCCCAUCCUCCCCUUUUUCCUUUCCUCCUCCUCCUCCCCACCCCUCCCUUUUGCCCUUCCUUUUUGGCCUUUUUUUUUUUUUUUUUUUUUUUUUUUUUUUUUUUCCCCCACAGGCACGCUAGUUCCUAGGUAGGGGAAAGGGUACCGGGGUCCAUCCCAUUCCGUUGAGGUUCUUGGCGGUGGCAUAGUUUGCCGUGGAAUCUGGAUUGCCUGGGGAUGUCCUGAUCGCUCUCCGGUAUCCCGGAGGGUGGCUUUGGGUGUCUCUCGGGCGAUGGGUGUAUCUCUGGAAGCCACCUUUCGGAUUCCGGGGGUGGUGGCCGAAGGAGGUAUGCUUUGUGGCGGAUUUCCAGCCGCCCUCUCUUUUGUCCACCGAGGUAGCUCGGCAGAUGCGAGGUUGCUAUCCCGGAUUGCCGGUUUACUGGCAUGAUGGGUAGGAUAUGGCACGGGUUCCAUGCUGCAUCUGCACUACUUGCGUUGCUGAGGUCCUCUUGGGCGCGGAGGGAGAUUUCUGGCCCUUUCAUUCCUCCUAGGAACUAUCCUUCCCCGGUCCCCCCUUUUUUUAUUCUUUUUUUUAUUUUUAUUUUCUUUUCCUCUUUCUUUUUUUUUCUUAAAAACAAAAAGAAAGAAGUAACCUAAUCAUGGCAGCCCUAGUCCAUGAACCUGCUACCCCCGGGCCCCUUCUUGAUACCGCACCCCGUUCUGACCCCGCCUCGUCUUUGGACCACUCUUCGGACACUCCUCAUGCCUCUGUACCUCUUGCCGGUGCUGUUUCCUCACCCGCUUCAGGUACUGAGGCCUCGACUGACUCCUUCGAUUUAUCGGACCUUCGCUCUCCUCUGACUAUGCUUCUGGCCUCUCCCUCUACGGUGCGGCAAUUUUCGAAUCGCCGGCCCGUUCCACGUCGGACCAACUCUGGUCUCACGCCCAAACGACAACGACAAUUACCUGCUGAUGAUACUUCUCCACCUUCUCGUUCUUCUCAGAAAAGAUCGACACGUCCUUCACUACCUUUCCACGCUCAGUUUCAGACUGCACAAUGGACUAAAUUCUUCACUUUACGACCGACUUCCUCUACUGCCUAUCUUUCUGACCACAGUAUUGGCAAGGCACUCCUACGCCAUGUUGGUAAAGAUAUUUCUUUUCAUGCUCUUAAGAGCGGUACGCGCAUCGUCACCGUACAGAAUGCUACCCAGGCUCAUGAGCUUUCUCGUCUUUCCCAUAUUGAUACUGUUCCUGUAACUAUUGAAAAGCAUCAUUCCCUCAAUUCUUGAUGUGGUACAGUCAUUCUGCCCCAUACCAUAGUUCAACAAAAUUUCCAGACAUGUGGCACUGACAUUCUUGAACAGCUGGAACUCCAAGAUCUUCCAAUCCUCAAGGUAGACACUACGUUCUUCCUGCCCGUGGGCGGAGACGAUACCCUAGCAAUGUGGCUCGUUUAACUUUCGACAGCCGUGAACUCCCAUCCUCAGUUUAUGUAGCAGGACAUCGGUUACAAGUUCGAAAGGUGAUCCCUACACCGCAACAGUGUAGAAAUUGCUGGCAAUUUGGCCAUCCAGCGAAAUAUUGCAGAUCUAUCGCCGAAUGCCCAGUCUGUGGUGCCGAUGACCAUUCUAAUACGUCUUGCAAUCGACCUUCCUCUUGCCUUAAUUGUCAUGAGGCUCACCCUUCGUACUCUCGCCGUUGUCAAGUCUACUUAAACGAGCAGGAAAUCCGUUACCUCAAAGAGGCAGAAGGUCUCCCUUAUGCCAUGGCAGUUUCUCAUCUCCGCCUCCAAGGGAGACUACCUCGUGUUUCUUAUUCCCGUGUUUCAAAACGUCCCCCCACUUCUGGUAUCCCAUCUUCUGCACCCACCUCUGUGGUUACCUCUCCCAUAGUCACUCCUGUAGCUAAUUCUUUUGCUGUCCUCGGCUCAGACGUCCCUACUUCAACGUCGCAGUCUGAUCUUGCUUCUUCGUGUUCUCUCUCACAAGCCUCAGUAGAGACGAGAUCUCGUAUGACACCUCCUCCCAAUCGUCCCUCUACUUCUCAAAAGUCAAAAAAAGGUCUGUUAACACCUCCUACCCAUCUUCCACCUCCUCAUUUUCCCUUCCCUGUCUCAGUACCUGGUUCUCCCCCUCUCACUGGCUCUGUUACAAGUGUAGAGUUUCACCCUCCUCCUCGUACUGUUCCUUCCUCCCCUGUUCCCUCCCAGGUUUCUUCCUCUUCUGCCACCUCCCAGGUUUCUGCUUCUGUCCCCUUUCACGCUUCUCCAGUUCCCUCCACCCUUUCGCCCCCCCCCUACCUUGGUACAGUCCAUUACAGUUCCAAUCUUUACUCAUCCUCCCCCUACCAUUUCCAAUAUUGUCUCCCAUACGAUGUCUCUGAAUUCUGAAACACUUGAAGCAAUCUCUGAAUAUACUGCAGAGACCAAACCAUCAAUGGACACUGAUCCACCCUCCGCUCCUUCUCUCUCCUCUACUCCAUCUGCGCAACUCCUUUCUUCACAGCGCACCGUUCCUUCGCUGCUUGAACGUUUUCCACUGCCUCCGCAUGUGGACUUUUCUAACCCCUCUAUUCCGUAGGAACCCUUACCUGCGGAUUUCAGGUAUCUUUAUCAUUGCCAAUCAUGGCCUAUUUACAGUGGAAUAUUCGCGGCCUCAGGGGUAAUCGGGGUGAGCUUCAGAUGUUACUCUCCCAGUUUUCCCCUGUUGGUGUUUGCUUACAGGAACCAAAAUUACACUCUGCUGUUAUCUCUCCCAUCUCAGGCUAUAAUUUAUUGUAUUCUUCAGAUCCUUUUCCUGAUGGGACCUUUAAUGAAAGUGCCCUUCUUCUACGCACUGAUAUUCCAUACCAUCAGCUAUUUGUUCGUACUUCGCUGCAUUACACAGCAGCCCGUAUCCACUUGCAUAGGUGGUAUACGCUCUGUUCUUUAUAUCUCUCUCCUUCUCGGGCAUUAUCUAUUCUGGAUAUUGCCUUUCUUGUUUCGUCAUUACCACCACCGAUUCUGUUACUUGGUGAUUUUAAUGCCCGCCAUUUCCUCUGGGGGGUCUCACUGUGAUUCCCGUGGCAUUCAGUUAGAGGCUUUUCUUGCCACCCACCCCCUCCAUGUUUUAAAUACAGGUACUCACACCCAUUUUGAUCCUCGGACUCACACUCUCUCUUGCAUCGAUCUCUCAGUCUGCUCUUCCUCCGCCGCAUUAGACUUCACUUGGUCUGUUCUUCCGGACUUACAUGACAGCGAUCAUUUCCCAAUCAUUCUUACUUCCCCUUCAUAUUCACCACCUCUUCGCAUCCCACGCUGGCAAUUUGAUCAGGCAAAUUUGAACCUUUACUCACACCUAACUGUUUUUAGAGAGGUUCCUUCUUCGUCCUCCAUUGAUGAGCUUUUACACCUCUUCUCGUCCUCCGUUUUAACCGCAGCUUCUCAUUCUAUACCCCAAACUUCGGGCAGGCAUUCUCAGAAAUGCGUGCCUGGGUGGUCUCCUGCUUGUGCUCGUGCAGAACGUUUGAAACGCGCUGCAUGGGGCAGGUACCGGUACAAUAGAACCACAGAGAGACUUCUUGAUUUUAAACAGAAGCGUGCGAUCGCUCGCCGUGUCAUCCGUGACGCUAAACGCACUUGCUGGCGAGAUUAUGUCUCCACCAUCACCUCUGCUUCCUCUAUGAGUGCAGUCUGGAAAAAAGUACGAAAACUGAGUGGUAAAUAUUCUCCUGACCCGGCUCCUGUUCUGCGGGUUGCCGGUGUUGAUAUAGCAAACCCACUAGAUGUUGCCAAUGAAUUUGGCAAUCAUCUGGUCCGUAUUUCUCAGGGACUCCAUCUAUGCCCGUCAUUUCCUUCCUCAAAGUCUGCCAGAGAGUUAGCACCCUUGGACUCUUCUUCUCUCAGAGAAGAACAGUAUAAUGUGCCUUUUACACUUCAAGAACUGGAGGCAACACUCUCAGCUUGCCGAUGAUCGGCAGCUGGGCCUGACGACAUUCAUAUUCGUAUGCUACAACAUUUACAUCAGUCAGCCCUUGCAGUCAUAUUAUGCCUUUACAAUCUUAUUUGGUCACAAGGAGUUCUUCCACAGCUGUGGAAAUCCGCCAUUGUUCUCCCUUUCCGCAAACCAGGCACUACGGGACAUGAAACCUCCCACUAUCGUCCCAUUGCUCUUACCAGUGCAGUUUGCAAAGUGAUGGAACGCCUAGUAAAUAGACGUUUAGUGUGGUAUUUAGAGACACACAACAGUCUCUCCACUCAUCAAUAUGGCUUUCGUAAGGGACGUUCUACCAUAGACCCCUUUCUACGCUUGGAUACGUAUGUUCGUAAUGCCUUUGCGAAUAACCACUCAGUUAUUGCCAUAUUUUUUGACCUUGAGAAGGCAUAUGACACAACUUGGAGGUAUAAUAUUUUAUCCCAAGCCCACUCCUUAGGCCUUUGAGGCAAUCUACCAUCCUUCCUUAAGAACUUUUUAACUAACAGGCAAUUCCGUGUUCGGGUUAAUAAUGUGCUCUCCCCGGACUUUAUCCAAGCUGAAGGUGUCCCCCAGGGAUGUGUUCUGACCACAACACUUUUUCUCCUUGCUAUUAAUGAAUGAUUUGGCCUCUAGUCUUCCAUCAAAUAUUUGGUCAUCACUCUAUGUUGAUGACUUCGCUAUUGCCUGUGCAGGCGCUGACUGUCACCUUAUUACAGUUUCUCUCCAGCAUGCAGUUGACCGUGUUUCCAAUUGGGCCACCACACGUGGGUUUAAAUUUUCCAGCACUAAAACCCACCAAAUUACUUUCACUAGACGCUCUGUCAUCUCCGAUCAUCCUUUGUACCUCUAUGGCUCCCAUAUCCCUGAACGUGAUACAGUCAAGUUUCUGGGCCUCCUCUUUGAUCGUAGGUUAUCCUGGAAACCUCACAUUACCUCUCUGAAGGCAACUUGUCACAGCCGGCUGAACCUUCUUAAAACCCUUGCUCAUCUUUCAUGGGGAGCUGAUCGUCGAACCCUCCUUCGCCUACAUUCCACCCUUAUCUUAUCGAAACUUGAUUAUGGUGACCAGAUCUAUUCAGCGGCAUCUCCUGCUACUCUCUCUAGCCUUAACCCCAUUCAUCACCAAGGAUUACGUUUAUGCCUUGGUGCUUUUCGCUCUUUCCCUGUCGAGUGCCUCUAUGCAGAAACGAACGUUCCAUCCUUAUCCGAUCGCCGUGAUGCCCAUUGCCUUCGCUACUAUGUACGCUCUCAUGAUCUCCGCAAUCCUUCCAUUUAUAGAAUGGUCACUGAUAUUAGUAGACAUUCUUUAUUUGUUCGUCGCCCCUGUUUACUCCGUCCCUUCUCUCUUCACCUUCAUUCGCUCUUGUCUUCUCUUCAAUUACCACCUUUCUAUGUACAUGUAACAUCUCACUUUUCCCUACCCCCCUGGGAAGUUCCAGCUGUUCGAGUCUGUUCUUUCUCUCUCCCUUGCUCGAAAGCCCAACUGUCUACGGUCGCUUCCCGCUCUCUUUUUCUUGACCACUUUCACUCUCAUUCUCAUGCCAUUGCAGUGUACACAGAUGGCUCUAAGUCUUCUGACGGCAUAGGAUUCGCAGCAGUGUUUCCGGACAGCGUCAUACAAGGGCAUUUACUAUCUUCGGCUAGUAUUUUUACUGCUGAAUUGUAUGCCAUCCUUACAGCACUUAUCCGUAUUGCAUCUAUGCCUGUGUCAUCAUUUGUGGUUGUCUCAGACUCCCUUAGUGCUUUACAGGCUAUACAGAAAUUUGAUACACCUCACCCUUAGUCCUCCGUAUCCAACUUUGGCUACGCCGUAUCUUUACCAAGCAUAAAGAUAUUGUUUUUUUGUUGGGUCCCUGGUCAUGUUGACGUACAGGGCAAUGAACAGGCAGACACUGCUGCGCGGUCAGCAGUAAAUGACCUACCAGUUUCAUGUAGAGGUAUUCCAUUUAUGGACUAUUUUGCUGCAAUAUCUUCCCACCUUCACACCCGUUGGCAACAACGUUGGUCUACUAUGCUCGGCAACAAACUUUAAUCUAUUAAACCGAGUAUAGGUUACUGGCAGUCUUCUUAUCACCAGUGUCGAGGUUGGGAGACUACUCUCUCCCGUCUUCGCAUUGGCCAUACUCGUCUUACUCAUGGAUAUCUCAUGGAGAGGCGCCCUGCUCCUCUCUGAGAAUUGCGAAGUUCCAUUAUCAGUCAGCCACAUUCUGUUGGACUGCCCACUUUAUCAACGAGCACGCAGAAUUUACCUCCGUUGUCGUCUUCGCUCUGCUGCUCUCUCUCUCUACCUUCCCUUCUCGCUGAUGGACCCACCUUUUAUCCAGACUCUCUCAUUGACUUUUUGACAACAACCGACUUACUUCACAAAUUCUGAUACCUUCAGCCCUUUCUACUUCAAACUCUUGCUACCCUCUACCCCCGUACUAUCCCCUGCCCCGCUGUUUUCUGUAACCUACUGAUCAUCCCUCCUCCCUUUUGCCAUCCAAUACCCUUGCUUCCUUCCCUACCCUGCAGCGCUGUAUAACCCUUGUGGCUUAGCGCUUCUUUUUGAUUAUAAUAAUAAUUAGAGUGUAGGCACUGUACUCCCCACCUCCAGGACUUAAGUCCAACUAUAAUUGGUUUCCUUGAAUCUCUUCACAAAAUGUUACCAUACUCACACUCCAACAGCUCAUCAGGUCCCAUAAACCACUCACUCCUAACACACACAUUGCAUUCUGUUUCCCAUUUCAGUAUAUGAGAUGGUAACUUAGUAUAAUUUCCAACAGUGUACAAGUAAUCCUCACCUAACAAUACAGAUAUGCAUUCUAUAAAUUCCAGUUUUACAUUGAAAUAAUGUGAGCUUCUUAUGUGAACCAAUUUUUCCCAACUGACUCCAUUGUGAAUUACUCACAUGGGUUUAGUACUUUCUCUGAAUACUGGAUAGCAAUUUUUUUUUUUUUUUUUCAACAAGUCGGCUGUCUCCCACCGAGGCAGGGUGACCCAAAAAAGAAAGAAAAUCCCCAAAAAGAAAAUACUUUCAUCAUCAUUCAACACUUUCACCACACUCACACAUUAUCACUUUUUUUGCAGAGGUGCUCAGAAUACAACAGUUUAGAAGCAUACACAUAUAAAGAUACAUAUAAAGAGGAUAGCAAUUAUCCUCAUAAAUUUGCAUGAUAUGAUUGAAGAUAAUCUUCUGGAAAAAAUAACUAUUUUGCCAGUUCAUAUCAAAUAAAUCAGGAAGGACUACUUGUGAACCGCUCUUCAAAGGGAUGAGAAGCCCCUUAUUGUUGCAAAGAAACUUUUGAUCCAAGAAUCUAGACAAAAAUUAGCACAUCACAUGUAGUAGACUUGAAUGAGAAAUUAAUAUAUGACCCUGUAUUUCACAGCCCUCUACUCAUCCAUUCACCUCACAUCAUAUUUCUAACAACUCGAGCUACCACGCAAGUGUCUCAUUACCACUGUUUUUACUACCAUAUACUGAGUUGGUUGACCAGCAGUGUAUUACUGGUAGACAGUGACGUCAAUCCCUGUAUCACAAUGGAAUAUUGGAGAACAAAGGGACCUGGGAAGAGCUCCACAUGUUUUUCCCUGUAUGUUUCUGCCUAAAAGAACUUAAACUAUAUAAUGCAGUCAGACUUCCUGUCUCUGGCUAUGCACUGUUACAGUUAAUUGAUCCUUAUCCCAAUGAGUCUUACAGACAGCCCUAUGUAUCUAACCCUGUUUUAUAAGACAUUUUUUGACUCGUGUGCAGAAAACAGUUAGUUUUCUCUUACCCCCUCUCCCUCCAUAUGUUGAACACCUGCAGUCAUAGACCCCUAUAUCCAUGCUCUCUAGUAUAUAGAUCUUUCUAUUUGCUUGUUUUCUAUAGCAUUGAUAUUCACCUAGACAGUAAUAAACUCCAUGACAGUGAUCACUUCUGUAUUCUCAUUAUCUUCUGCUCUUGCACUCCUCCAAGUGGUAAUAUGAAAGCACAAAUUGGACACUUUACGCAUAUCAUGCUUCUCUUCUCAAUCCUCUUGAUUUCCCUGCAAAUGAGCUAUUGUGCUGCUUUGUUACCUCCAUUCUUUGCCACUAUGCUUGCCAUCCCCUGGACCUCUGACAAAUAUGAUCAGAAAUGUGUCCUUUGGUGGUCUCUGGACUGCUUGGACACAAAACAUUUCUUGGCUUAUAAACAAGCAAGAGUACAUUUAUAUUGUACAAAAUGGCUGACAAAAAAGUAGUAGACCCCCUCAGUGUUGCCACAUCAGUGAGGCAUCACUUUGCAUUUCCCAAUUAUUAUUAUAAUCAAAAAGAAGCGCUAAGCCACAAGGACAUUUCCCAAGAUCUCCAGUUAUCCUCUCUUAUCUACACUCCAUAACUUGAGUUGGAGACCUCCCCAGCAGAUUUCAUGCCUCAUUCAUGUUUCCAUCACACUUCACAAACUUAUAUCAACACUAUCUGAAUGCCAGCCUCCAACCUGCAGGAGUAGGAAAACUCUUAGAACCCUUAUAAAGUACAUCAAAGGUGCUGCAACACAUACACGCUAGUCUUCCUCUUGGCUUAGCGCUUCUUUUUUUUUAUAAUAAUAAUAAUAGUCUUCCUCUUGUAUCUUUUCAACUGGACAGGGUCCAAAGGUGUUUCACCCCUGUAAUGGACAACUGCAGUGGUCUUUCCUUUUCAUAAACCUAAUAACUCAGGCAGACACAGAAUUAUUGACUCAUCACCUUGCAAAUUACAAGAGCACUUAGUUGAUAAAUAACUUCUGUGGUAAUUAGAAAUUUGAACCUCUUCCCUUACCAGUUUGGUUCUAAAAAUGGUCUUUCUACUAUCAACCCCUUUCUGAUUCUCAACACACAUUGGAAUGCAUUCACAGAUAACUGUUUGGGUAUUGCCUUUUUUUUAUUAUUUAGAGAAAGUUUAUGACCUUACCUGGCAUUACAACAUUUUAUUCUAAGACCAUUUCUUAGACAUACAAGGCAAGCUACCACUUUAUCUUGAAGCUUUUCUAUCGGAGUGACACUUUAAUAAAAAAUGCCUUUUAUCCCCCUAACUUUGUACAAGUAGAAGGCAUACUGCAUGGCUGCAUCCUCAGUACUACUUUGUUGCUAAUAUUUAUUAAGUCUUGCCUUGGUUCUUCCACAAAUAUGUGGUUGUUUUUGUGUUGACAAUUUUGCCUUCACUUAUGCAGACUUGGACUGUUGACUCAAAGCAGCUAAUCUCCAAUAUGCUGUUGAUUAUAUUACUCCUUGAGUCACUUUAGCCUCUGUAACCUCCAUUCGAUGCCCCAUGUGACAGCCUAUUUUAUACCUGUAUGGCUGCCCUGUUUCAAUAUGUAAUAGUUCAUUUCUCUAUUUGUUGAAUGCCAUUGAAUGCCAUGGAAGCCUUGCAUCACAUCCAUAAAAGUUACCUGUCUUACUUGACUUAAUCUUGAAAUGUUAACCAGUUUUUCUUGGAGCUCUGAUAGAAAAACAUUUGCCUUCAUUUAGCCAUAAGUUUGUCUAAGCAAGACUACAGAGAUUUAGUACAGUGUAUUUCUCAGCCACUCUUAAACUUGAUGUUAUUCAUAAUAAUGGAUUAAUUUUGUGUCUGGGAGGCUUUUAGAACAUCCCCAGCUGAGAGCCUGUAUACAGAAUCAAAUACUCCUUUAUAAUAUUAAUGUGAUACCUAAACAGAUUGAGUGAUCUGUGCAACAAAUAUUACUUACCGUAAAAAUCCCUUUUGUAUAUAUUAACAGAGUAAAAGUUCCAGGAGGCAGUUCAUAUAUUUAGAAAAGCCUGAGGUCUCUGUGCUGUACUCCUUGGAACAAAGACAAGAUACUGCUACUAGUUCAGUAGGUGCUGUCACUGGAACAUUGUUAAGAGAGGAUUACUUGUACUGAACCAUCACUUAUUGACCUCAGAAUUAGCACAUUUUUUUUAGAAAUUAAUGCUCUAUUCAUGACUUAAAAAAUAUGAGACUGUACAUUAUAUCAAAAUAGAUAUUUUAGGUUGAAUUUUGAAAUAAAGUUGAACCCCAUAAUUUGCAAGGGUUUGGUAAUUUGAGGUGAUGUAAAUCCUGAGCCCACAGAAAAUAAUAAAUUUUACAUGUCCAAAUUAUUUAAGUGUUUUUCAUAUAUGUCUUUAGAAAUUCUCUCUCUCAGUCCACAGCAGAAUUUGAGCCUGCACACACUGCAUCAAUGUAUGCAGUACUUUAUGUACACAGCCAACACCCAGUGGGGUCUGGCUGUGUACAGAGAGAUCAUGUUUGUGAAUAAUUUUGCCCAUUUUGUGAAUUGUUAAGCAUAUCUCUUUAAAUUUUAUUUUAAUUUACUUAAUAUUAGCUUUCAUAAGAAAGAAUGAGCAGAUUUUGGCUAAAAUCAUUUGGUUACUUUUUAAUUUAAGAGUCACACACCAAAAAUUUGAUUGGUAGGAGUUAGCUGUAAAAUUGGCCUUCAGUCAAGAUAUUAUAUAAUCAAGUCAUGUGGAUUUUGAAGGAUGUGAAUUUUGGGGGUUCAACACUACAUCUUUUCUACAAACCAUGACCUAAAACAUCAUUCCUAUAAACACCUCUACAAACAAUUACCUUUCGAAACACCUUUCCUUUAAACCAUUUCAAAACACCUUUUCUAUAAACUAUUACCUUUCAAAACACCUUUUCUAUAAACUAUUACCUUUCAAAACACCUUUUCUAUAAACUAUUACCUUUCAAAACACCUUUUCUAUAAACUAUUACCUUUCAAAACACCUUUUCUAUAAACUAUUACCUUUCAAAACACCUUUUCGUAUAAACCAUUACCUUUCAAAACUUUACAACAAGACUUUCCAUCACCUAUCAAAAAAUGAGCUAUUACAAAGCCUCAGGGUGGUGGUGACUUUUUCAUGUACAAUACAGCAAGUAAUUUGUGCAAUUACCUAUUCGUAAUUCCCUGUACUUAUUUGAGUUUGCAAUGAAUGAGAUGCAGCUCUUGGUCAGAGCAAGCAAGUGUGUAAAAUUUUAAAUUAAGACAGUUUUCAUUAUACUGUUAUGAUUGUUAUGGUGUAGUAUCUGGACAGACAUAGUGUGCAAGCAGUUUGUUUAAUGUUUAAUAAGAUGAUUUUCACUGAAAGUGGUAUCAGACCGGUUAGUUUAUUAAUAAUAAUUUUAUCUAUACUUUUUUAUAGUGUAUAUAUCUUUGGAGGCUUAAUGUUACCAGCAAAAGUUGUUUUAAUAUUUAUUCGAAAUUUCUAUGUUUAUAUGAGUAUAUGAGUGAAAAACUGCUUUGUAGUAGGAAGGGUUGGUAUAUUAAAGAAUCUAAAGUUUUCAGGUACUAUUGCCCUCAAGGGGGGGGGGGAAAGGGGCUUUGAUGCUCAUGAAGGGCUCUUGAUUCAAGGAAUUGGCACUGUCUCCCCCUUCUGCCAAGUUUUUUUUUUUUUUUUUUUUUUCAUGCCAGUUCCCAGGUGGUGUAUGACCUUACAGGUUCAGCACUUCCCCAUAAUUAUAAUGAUAAUCAUGUACUGUCCUGUGCUUUCCAAGGUACAAGGAGUUAAUGGUUUUAAUGUUUUUAAUAAAAGAUAUUAUUGUAGUAAAGGCUUGAUCUAAUGAGACACUUGUGUAUGGAAGGGAAUGAAAGUGACCCCUCACCUGGAAAACUGUCUGAAAGUUGAAUGUCCGGAAUAUAAGAGUCAUCAUAGGGUUCUCUUGACUGCAAGUUUUUGGUGAAUUGUUCAUUUAUGAUCAGUAAUUGAUGCUCUUUGAGCAUGAGAUUCAUAACCUUAAAAUAAAUUCACCAGAUAUUCAUCCGUAACAACUUCAAAUCUGAGGUUAACUAAAUCUGUGGCAAAAAGACACUAUAUGCAGUGUGAACCUUUAUUAAUGGAUAUUCUGCCCACAUGAGCUUGAUCAAGUCUCUUAAUUUGACUUGAUAAAGGAGGGUGUGUAAAGGUAGAAAGUUGAAAGUGAACAUUGAUAAGAGUAAGGUAAUGAGGGUAUCAAACAAUUUAGAUAAAGAAAAAUUGGAGAUCACAUUGGAGGGAGGGAGUAUGGAAGAAGCGAAUGUUUUCAGAUAUUUGGGAGUUGACUUGUCAGUGGAUGGGUUUAUGAAGAAUGAGGUUAACCAUAGAAUAGAUGAAGGAAAAAAGAUGAGUAGUUCGUUGAGGUAUCUGUGGAGACAUAAAAUGUUAUCCCUGGAGGCAGAGAAGGGAAUGUACAAGAGUAUAGUGGUACCAACACACUUAUAUGGGUGUGAAGCAUGGGUUAUAAAUGCUGCAGCAAGGAGGAGGCUGGAGGCAGUCAAGAUGUCUUGUCUAAGGGCAAUGUGUGGUGUAAGUAUUAAGCAGAAAAUUCAUAGUGUGGAAAUUAGGAGAUGUGGAGCUACUAAAAGUAUUAAUCAGAGGGUUGAAAAGGGGUUGUUGAGGUGGUUUGGUCAUUUAGAGAGAAUGGAACAAAGGAUGACUUGGAGAGAAUAUAAAUCUGUAGGGGAAGGAAGGCAGGGUAGGGGUUGCCCUCAAAGACGUUGGAGGGAGGGGGUAAAGGAGGUUUUGUGGGCGAGGGGCUUGGACUUCCAGCAAGCGUGCGUGAGUGUGUUAGAAAGGAGUGAAUGGAGACGAACGGUUAUUGGGACCUGACAAGCUGUUGGAGUGUGAGCAGGGUAAUAUUUUGUUAAGGGAUUCAGAGAAACCAGUUAGCAUGGACUUGAGUCCUUGAAAUGGGAAGUACACUGCCUGUACUUUAAAGGAGGGGUUUGGGAUAUUGGCAGUUUGGAAGGACAUCUAAACUGUUGUAUCUGAGUUCAUCUGCAAAGACAGUGAUUAUGCAUGAGUGAUGGUGAAAGUGUUGAAUGAUGCUGAAAGUUUUUUCUUUCUUUUUGGGUCACCCUGCGUUGGUGGGAGAUGGCCAACUUGUUAAAAAAAAAAAAAAGCCUAUAUAAUCAGCAUAUAUUUUAGUAUCUUGCCAUAUUUAUUGGCAAUCCUUGCCAUCCACUGUUAACUAAAUCUACAUAGCGCUUAAUUAAUCAAAAAACAAAGAAAAGACUUUGAGAUUGGGGUUCAAGAUUAUUUGGUUUAAUUAAGUGGGAUAAAUGAAAUAGAAUAAGGGUGAGUAUGUUUUAUUUCAUUGUGUUAAACCUAUGUGGGUCAUUCAGUGCAAGAGCAGUGGAGGCUCUAUCCUCAAUCUGUUAAUGACAACUUUUAUACAGUAAAUAUUGUACAUCAGAGAGCAGUGGCUCCAGGUUAACUGUUGCAGUGAUACAGAGAAAUUGUAUUUAAAAAUGAAGUAGAGGAAUCCAUGGUAUCUUGGGAUAAUGCCGGGAGAGGAAAAUUGUAAGGGAUUUAGUUGCAUCUUGAUGGGAACGUGUAAGAAGCUUUGUCUGAAUGUGAUGACUUAUUAGGAGUUGUAGGAAAAUAUUGAUGUAGAGUAUUCUCUGUCUUGGUGUUGCAAACAUCAGUUGAAGGGUCUGCCAAGCCAUGCUGAGAUUCUAUUUGUUUUUAUAGCAAGAUCUGUUUAUUAUAGUAUGCCACCAUUCAUUUCAGCUUCUUUCAACAUUGUGGUGUUUGGUUAGCACUCUCAGAAAGCACCACCAUUAAGGCCAGUUCUAUUUGUUUUAUUUAUAUCUAAGAUUGAUCUUUUGCACCAAUUUUGAUUAUUUUAUUCUUGUGUUGUUUCACAUUUCUUUUACCAUGCAUUGCUGAAUGAUUCUUGCAAGGUGGACAUUUUUAUGAAUAUUAUUAGUAGAGAUGUAUUGUCAGUUGUCUUCUGGGGUGCAGUGUGUUAAAAAUUGUGCAGCUAAAGCUGAUGAAUACUAUUGAAGUGUAGGCUUUACUAUAAACAAAUUAUUUUUA